AUGUCUCUCUUCUACCCUCGCUCUCUCUCCCACCCUUCUUCCCUGGGGUCCCAGCCGACCUUCUCCUCUCUCUUCCGCAUGCUCGACGACUUCGACAAGUACGCCCAACAAGUCAGCGGCAACAUCGGCUCUUCUCUCAUUCCCUCCUCCUCAAGCGGCGGAAUAGAGACCUUCAACCCCAAGUUCGACGUCACCGAGGAGGAAAACACCUACACCUUGCAAGGCGAGCUGCCGGGUGUCGACCCCAAGAACGUGGACAUUGAGUUCACCGAUCCCCAGACCUUGGUCAUCUCAGGCCACUCGGAGCGGUCGCACACCGAGGGAGACCCCAACCUGCGCAUUGGAAGCUCAACGGAGAGCAAGAAGAUCGAGGGCGCGGAGUCCAAGGAUAAGUCCAGCAAGGACAAGAGCAAGUCCAAGGAUAGCAAGGAUGAGAGCUCCGAGAACAAGAGCACUCCCAGGUACUGGCUGAGCGAGCGCAGCUAUGGAGAGUUCUCAAGGGUGUUCAACUUCCCGCAGAAUAUCGACCAGGACAAGGUCAGCGCCAAGUUCGAUCAUGGCGUUUUGGAUAUCAAGGUGCCCAAGUCGGAGAAGAAGGGCAGCCGCAAGAUUUCCAUCCACAGCUGA